AUGAGCGCAGAAGUGGGCGAGGAGGACGGGGUGGCCGGCGCUGCUCGAGACGAUCGCUCCACCCUUUUGGGAGACCAACGCCUGAAGGCGCUAGUUUUCGGGCACGAGGGCGAGGUGGACGUGACUUGCACCAUUUCGGACGGAGGAUCUGGCUAUGUGCCCCACGCCGUGGCCCUGAUCCGGAACCUUGGUUCCAAAGCAGGAACAGUCUCUCGGCACCUUGGCUUCAUCUAUGCAGGCCCUUACUGCGGAGCGUGUGGGAAAGGCAAGUCCGGUGUCUCAGAUGGGGCUGUCGCCGUGUCUGACCCUCCGUCUUGCUUCUCUCUCUGCCCUCUUCUCGCCGCCAUGGCCCAGCGCCCUUAUGGUGACUUGUGCUUCACGUCGGGCCGCGUGCUGAGCAGCUACAGGCAUUGCAUGAUCGCGGUCCAGCGAAUAGUGCUUGGAUCAAAGGCUUACCGCAACCUGGCUUGGGAAAUGGUUUCGAGAUGGGAAGCUUUGCAGCCCCCUGUGCACAGAUGCCCGCUGCCAGCGCCGAUGCUGAAGGCGAUGCGCUGGCGUCACCUGCUUGCCUUCUUAUGUGUCGCGGAUCGGCGCGAUCCUUCGCUGCCGAAGGUCUCUGAUGCCGGGGCUGUUGGUUUUAUCCCCUGGAGAUUGCUUUGGCACUCUUCACCGGCAGCCUACAGAAACAGGUUUGAGCUUAACGCCCGUGGUUGCGCGGCGGCGCUGCUGUUCACCUGU